AUGUACCAUAGACAGGUUGCUUGGGUACAGACAGCAGCCGAUCUCUUGUUGCCAAGGUAUGCGGGCUCUUGGCGCGUGCGCCUCGAAUCUGCCUGUGAUGCGCUAUCGGCUGCAUGGUCCGAAGGCAACUUGCGUCUGGCCGAUCGGCACCGGCGUUUGGUCGACUCAGCCGACCGCAGUAACUGGCUAACUCGUCAGCGCCACUUGUUGGUGUGGCUGCGCGUCUACUUGGCCCAAGUAAAUUCGCGUCGACCGCUGACCAACGUGGCGCAUUUGGCGUGUCUCGAGGAGGCGGCCGAACUGGAGGCAGACCAGCAGCGCCGGCGUCGUGAGGAGCGCGAGCGCAGGCAUGCUAGACAUCGUGGCAGGCGCGGUUUGGACACCGGACAACGUGCGAUGUAUGGACGCAGCAGAAAGCGAAGUCAGAGCCGGCAAAAAUCACCAUCACACAAGACGCAACAGCAAAAGCAACAGCAACAGCAGCAGCAGCAGAGCCAAAGAGGGAGAAAAAUCUGGGACCAGAGGCUACCACAAUUGGACAAAUCCCUGUUCACCUGUCGACUGACGUUGCCCGACGCCGACGCCUCGAGUACCAAACCGGCAAGUGACCAUCCCAGCAAUACCCUUUGCCAGCCCGACCUCCGGCUGUGGAACAAGCCCAACGGAGCGGUAUCGAGGUUCUCACGGCAGCCUAGCUUACACGAGACUGGCGGACGAUGGGCUGGCUUGUAA